UUUCUUUUUUUUUUUUCUUCUUUUUCCUUUUAAAUUCUAAAAAUCAAAACUAAUUUCUGAUUUCUAAUUUCAAACCCAGCAGCCAAAAGUCAACUCUCUAUCUCUCUCAUUCACCUCAUCUUUCUUCUCCUCUUCAUCUUCCUCCUCUCUCUCUCUCUCUCUCUAUCUGGCCAUGAAACACCACUGAGAGAUUCCAGUGCAUGCCCAAAUAAAAAAAAAUCUUUUUUUUUAUCUCUUCUUUUGUUUGGAGGUAUAUAAUUAUUUUAUUCUUUUUCUUUUUGGUUUGAUGGGUAAUGGGAUUGGUAAACUCACGGUCUGUUUCACGGGAGCCGGAGAGGCUCGCCGGAAACAGGAUAUAUCGUUGUUGAUAUCAGACCCGCUUGACGAGGGCCUCGGUCACUCCUUCUGCUAUGUCCGGCCAGACCCCACUCGGCUUUCUUCUUCAAAAGUCCACUCCGAGGAAACCACCACCUUCCGUUCAAUCUCCGGCGCUUCUGUCAGUGCUAACACAUCGACGCCGCUUUCUACUGCCUUUAUAGAUCCUUAUGUUUAUAAUACUAUUGAUCGAGCUGCGGCUUUUGAGAGCUCAACUUCUUUCGCUUCGAUUCCUCUGCAACCAAUCCCGAGAAAUCUUAUUGGUCCCAUCAAUUCGGGUCCUUUGACAGGGAACCCGGGUCUAAUUUCGGGUUCGGGUCCACUGGAGAGGGGAUUCAUGUCGGGUCCAAUUGAGAGGGGAUUUAUGUCGGGUCCGUUGGAUCGUGGGUUGUUCUCGGGUCCUCUUGAAAAGGGCAGUUCUGAUCAGUUCCAAAGGAGCUUCUCCCAUGGUGGUUUCGCUUUCAGAACCAGACCGGCAAAGAGAUCACUGAUUCGAGUCUUGCAAAGAGCCCUAUCCAAAACAUUAUCUCGUGGGAAGAACUCGAUCGUGGCUCCGAUAAAAGGCGUUAUUAAAGAACCAGAUUGGAUUUUGAAUUCAGAGAAGCAGUACAAUGAGAAUUUGACUGUAAGUAGCAUUAAUUUGAGUAGCGAUGGUAGUUUAGAGGAUGAUGAUUCUCUGGAGAGCCAAAACCUUCAGUGGGCACAAGGGAAAGCAGGGGAGGAUCGUGUACAUGUUGUUGUUUCAGAGGAACAUGGAUGGGUUUUUGUUGGGAUUUAUGAUGGGUUUAAUGGUCCUGAUGCUACAGAUUAUCUUUCAUCAAAUCUAUACUCUGCUGUGCAUAAGGAGCUCAAAGGAUUGUUAUGGGAUGAUAAGUUUGAAUCUGCUGAAAUCUCUGCUCCUACUUCAUCCCCUGUUCGAUCAGAAGGUGCUAAUUCAAGAUUGGGAACUGUUCUCCAAUGUACUGAAUCCGAUAGGAAUUGCGAAAAUGAUGAAUGUUCUCAGUGCUUGGAUACAAGUUUCGAUUCCAAUUCCAAAAAAAAGAGGAGUUCUAGGGGGAAGUAUAGAGGUGCUGCAAAGAAAUGGGAGGAGAAUCAGUUGAGAUGGAAGUGUGAGUGGGAUAGAGAGAGAGUAGAGCUUGAUAAGAAAUUAAAGGAGCAAUUGACUCGAUCUGGGUCGGACAAUGGAGCCAUAAAUCAUGCAGAUGUGUUAAAGGCUCUAUCACAGGCUUUGAAGAAAACAGAGGAGGCAUAUUUGGAUAUUGCUGAUAAGAUGCUAAUGGAGAAUCCGGAGUUGGCUUUGAUGGGUUCUUGUGUGCUUGUGAUGUUAAUGAAAGGAGAAGAUGUGUAUGUGAUGAAUGUGGGGGAUAGCCGGGCAGUGUUGGCCCAAAAGGCAGAGCCUGAUUAUUGGCUUGGAAAGAGUAGGCAGGACUUGGAGAGGAUAAAUGAGGAAACGUUGCAUGAUCUUGAAACUUAUGAAUGCGAAAGAACGAAUUCAAUACCCACUUUGACUGCUUUUCAGCUUAGUGUUGAUCAUAGCACCAAUGUGGAAGAGGAAGUUCAAAGAAUAAAAUCUGAGCAUCCAGAUGAUGCUUGUGCUGUGGUGAAUGAGCGUGUGAAAGGUUCAUUGAAGGUCACUAGGGCUUUUGGUGCAGGUUUUCUCAAACAGCCUAAAUGGAACAAUGCACUCCUAGAGAUGUUCAGAAUAGACUACAUUGGCAAUUCCCCAUAUAUAAAUUGUUUACCAUAUCUCUGCCACCAUAGACUAGGCCCAAAAGAUAGGUUUCUGAUACUAUCCUCUGAUGGGCUGUAUCAAUACUUUACAAAUGAAGAAGCUAUCGACGAAGUUGAACUUUUCAUUGCAUUGCAACCUGAAGGGGAUCCAGCGCAGCAUCUGGUCGAGGAGGUGCUAUUCCGUGCAGCUAAGAAAGCUGGUAUGGAUUUUCAUGAGUUGCUCGAAAUACCACAGGGUGAUCGACGGCGAUACCAUGAUGAUAUUUCCAUCAUUGUUAUUUCUUUAGAGGGGAGGAUAUGGAGAUCAUGUGUAUAAGUAGAGAAAGCUACAUAUAGAAGAUAUAGAGACAUCUGCAAAAAAAGAAAAAGAAAAUGUAAGGCGUUUCCUUUCUGCCAUUUUCUCUCUUUUCCUGGUCACCUCUGUAGCAACAAUUAAGCUCCAGGAAAUGAGUAUCUUAGGAGCUUAAUUGUGCAGUGAAAUUGGGUGGUGGGGACUGUAAAGUUGUAAAAAAGCAGCUUUUUGUUGAUUAUAAACUAUAAUAGAAAUUUGUAAUUUUCUACUUAUAAAUGGCAUUCCUUUUGAAAAGGGUUUUGUUCCA